UUCCAGGUUGCCAUGGGCAGCAUGAGACACCGGAGAAAUGGCAAUUUUGAGAGCUCCAGGCUCCUCUAUUCCAGCAUGUCUCGCAGCAUAGACGUGGCUUGCAGUGAUGCUGAUUUGGCCAACUUCAUCCAAGAAAACUUUAAGAAGAGAGAAUGUGUCUUUUUUACAAAAGACACCAAGUCCAUGGGUAACUUCUGUAAAUGUGGAUACCCUGAAAAUCAGCACAUAGAGGGCACGCAGGUUAACACCACCGAAAAAUGGAACUACAAGAAGCACACCAAGGAGCUUCCUACUGAUGCCUUCGGGGACAUUCAGUUUGAAAACCUGGGAAAAAGAGGAAAGUACAUCCGCCUGUCGUGUGACACAGACUCAGAGACCCUCUACGACCUCAUGACCCAGCACUGGCACCUGAAGACCCCCAACCUCGUCAUCUCCGUCACCGGCGGUGCCAAGAACUUCGCGCUCAAGCCCCGCAUGCGCAAGAUCUUCAGCAGGCUGAUCUACAUCGCCCAGUCCAAGGGAGCCUGGAUUUUCACCGGGGGAACGCACUACGGGCUGAUGAAGUACAUCGGGGAGGUGGUGAGGGACAACACCAUCAGCCGCAGCUCCGAGGAGAACGUGGUGGCCAUCGGCAUCGCCGCCUGGGGCAUGAUCUCCAACCGGGAACCGCUCAUCCGCACGGCCAGCAGCGACGGGAGCUACUUGGCCCACUACAUCAUGGAUGACCUGAAGAGAGACCCCCUGUACUGCCUGGAUAACAACCACACCCAUCUCCUGCUGGUUGACAACGGCACCCACGGGCACCCCACCACAGAGGCCAAAGUGAGGACCCAGCUGGAGAAGUACAUUUCAGAGAGGGUUAUCCCAGAAUCUAAUUAUGGUGGGAAGAUCCCAAUUGUGUGUUUUGCCCAAGGUGGUGGGAAGGAGACUUUGAAAUCCAUCAAUGUGGCCAUCAAGAGCAAGAUCCCGUGUGUGGUGGUGGAGGGCUCGGGGCGCAUUGCCGAUGUCAUUGCCAGCCUGCUGGAGGCUGAGGGCACUCUGGCCUCCUCCUGUGUCAAGGAGAGCUUGCUCAGGUUUCUGCCCCGCACCAUCUCCAGGCUCUCCGAGGAGGAGACUGAGAGCUGGAUCAAGUGGAUCAAAGAAGUCCUUGAGAGCCCUCAUUUACUGACAGUGAUCAAAAUAGAAGAAGCUGGAGAUGAAAUUGUGAGCAAUGCCAUUUCCUUUGCCCUGUACAAAGCUUUCAGCACCAACGAGCACGACAGGGACAACUGGAACGGGCAGCUGAAGCUGCUGCUGGAGUGGAACCAGCUGGACCUGGCCAGUGAUGAGAUCUUCACCAACGACCGAAACUGGGAGUCUGCUGACCUGCAGGAUGUGAUGUUCACAGCCCUGGUGAAGGACAGGCCCAAAUUUGUCCGGCUCUUCCUGGAGAACGGCUUGAAUCUGCGCAAGUUCCUGACCACAGAGGUCCUGAGGGAGCUCUACACCAACAACUUCAGCAGCCUGGUGUUCAAGAACCUGCAGAUUGCCAAGAACUCCUACAACGAUGCCCUCCUCACCUUCGUGUGGAAGAUGGUGGAGGAUUUCAGGAGAGGUUUCAAAAGAUACUACAAGAACAGCAAGGAUGAGAUGGAGAUACAGCUCUCAGAGGAGUGUCCUAUCACAAGGCACCCAUUGCAAGCUCUGUUUAUUUGGUCAGUUCUUCAGAACAAGAAAGAGUUGUCCAAAGUCAUUUGGGAGCAAACCAGAGGCUGCACUUUGGCAGCCCUGGGGGCCAGUAAGCUCCUGAAAAGCAUGGCCAAGGUGAAGAAUGAUAUAAAUGCUGCUGGUGAGUCCGAGGAACUGGCUAACGAAUAUGAGACAAGAGCAGUAGAGCUGUUCACCGAGUGCUACAGCAAUGAUGAAGAGCUGGCUGAGCAGCUGCUGACUUAUUCCUGUGAAGCCUGGGGAGGGAGCAACUGUCUGGAGCUAGCAGUGGAGGCCAGAGACCAGCAGUUUAUUGCCCAGCCAGGUGUGCAGAAUUUCCUCUCCAAGCAGUGGUACGGAGAGAUUUCAAGAGACACUAAGAACUGGAAGAUUAUACUGUGCCUGUUCUUUUUCCCUUUAAUAGGCUGUGGUUUCAUCUCAUUCAGGAAAAAGCCUGUGGAGAAGAGUAAGAAACUCUUCUUAUAUUAUGUGUCUUUCUUCACCUCCCCCUUUGUGGUCUUCUCCUGGAACGUCAUCUUCUACAUUGCUUUCCUGUUGCUCUUCGCCUACGUGCUGCUGAUGGAUUUCCAGAAGGAACCCACGGCCCUGGAGAUCAUCCUCUACGUGCUGGUCUUCAUUCUGCUUUGUGAUGAAGUGAGACAAUGGUACAUGAACGGCAGCAAGUAUUUCUCAGACCUGUGGAAUGUUAUGGAUACCCUUGCAAUCUUCUACUUCAUAGCAGGGAUUGUGUUCAGGCUUCACUCUGAUGAAAGCUCUUGGUAUUCCGGGAGAGUAAUUUUCUGUUUGGACUACAUAGUUUUUACGCUGAGGCUCAUCCACAUUUUCACAGUUAGCAGGAAUCUAGGACCCAAAAUUAUUAUGCUGCAGAGGAUGAUGAUAGAUGUCUUCUUCUUCCUCUUCCUCUUUGCUGUGUGGAUGGUGGCCUUUGGUGUGGCCAGGCAAGGCAUCCUGAGGAAGAACGAGCACCGCUGGGAGUGGAUCUUCCGCUCGGUCAUCUACGAGCCGUACCUGGCCAUGUUUGGCCAGUACCCUGAUGAUAUUGAUGGUACCACCUACAACUUUGACCACUGCACCUUUUCUGGGAACGAGUCCAAGCCGCUGUGCGUGGAGCUGGAUGCCAACAACCAGCCCCGCUUCCCUGAGUGGAUCACCAUUCCCCUGGUGUGCAUUUACAUGCUCUCCACCAACAUCCUCCUGGUCAACCUGCUCGUGGCCAUGUUCGGCUACACAGUUGGAUCAGUGCAGGAGAAUAAUGACCAGGUGUGGAAGUUCCAGCGUUUUUUCCUGGUGCAGGAAUACUGCAGUCGCCUGACCAUCCCCUUCCCCUUUGUCAUCUUUGCCUACAUAUACAUGGUGCUGAGGAAAUGCUUCAAGUGCUGCUGGAACAAGGAAAGCAAAGAGCCAUCCAUUUGUUGCUCAAGAAAUGAGGACAAUGAAAUCCUGGCAUGGGAAGCUGUCAUGAAGGAAAAUUACCUCGUCAAAAUCAACACAAAAGCAAAUGAUUCAUCAGAAGAGAUGCUGCAUCGAUUUAGACAGCUGGAUGCCAAGCUGGCAGAGGACAGGAGCCGAGCGGCCGAGCACCUGCGCCGGGCCCUGCGCUACCUGCGGAGCCCACAGGAGCCCCUGCGAGAGGCGGCCGUCAGGUUCAUGGAUGCAGCCCUGGAGCGCACACACGAGCAGGAAUCCAGCCGUGGCCGCUUCCGCAGCACAGCGCAGGUGCCCGCCAUGGUGAGGUACAUUCACCGAUGGCUCACGGCCAAUGAUUCUGCCGAGCACAGGCUGGACAAGGCCCUGCUGAAUGUCACCAGAGCACACCCGGAUGACGCAGUGGUGACGCUCCUGCGUGUGGCCCCGUCCUGUGACAGAGCUGCCAUCUCCAUGUGGAAGACCAUCAUGUGCUCGUCCAGGACUGCGGAGCCAGUGCAGCUGAUCCUCCUGGACGUGCUGGGGAGCUGGCCAGAGCGCAGCACGUGCACCUCCGAUGGGGACAUUACGGGUGUCUUUGGCCUGGCUGCAACCGUGGUGAUGUGGAAGAUGCUCCAGGAGCCCCCUGUCCCACGUGUAGUGAGGUCGUAUUUCCCCCGCCUAUUUGUGCAUCUGCUCUUCCAAGUCUUCUUCAGCACAGAAGAGAUGCCAGAGGAGGUCAAUACCUUCUGGAAGGAAUGCCUGGAAGAGCACGGCCUUGCCACCAGCCCCAACAGGUUUGCAGUGCACACCCUGAAGUCCCUGCUCUGCCAAAAGCAGUACAAGGAUGUGGUGGUGUCAGUGGAACGCAAGCGUGGCUGGGACACGCUGCUCUGUGCUGACACCCGCCACUACGCCGUGGGUCUGCUGGCCAGCAUUGCGCUCCACCUCCUCUGGCUGCUCAGCACACAGGAGCCACACUGGGAUCUGCCCGCCCUGGCGUUCCUUGUGGAGCUCCUCGAGUGCCUGGACUCCAGCCAAUGUGGUGACAGUGUUGUGAAGGUCUCUUCACGGUACCUGCAGAGCGAGUGCAGGGAGAGGCGUCGCCUGGCGCUCAGGGCCCUGCUCGAGCUCAUUGAUGAUCCCUCCAUGCUGGCUGAGGCGCUCCUGCCACUCUUUGACCACGAUAAUAGCCAGGUCCAGCUGCUCUCCAUCAACCUCUUCCGAGACAUGAUGGAGUAUUUGGGAAAGAGAGAGAAAAACCUUUGGAAAGCCCUGUGCAACAGAGCCUGCUUCCACUCUUCUUCCACUGCCAUGAUGAGAAUCAGCCUGUGGCAGAGGCUUCUCGGGAAACGCUGCUUUGCGCGGCCAAAGUUCAUGAAGAGGAGGGAUCUCAAAAAGCUGCUGAAGGAGCAGAAGCUGUGGAAGUUCAGCAAGUGCCUGCUGGCAGAGGACAGGAGCCGAGCGGCCGAGCACCUGCGCCGGGCCCUGCGCUACCUGGAGAGCCCACAGGAGCCCCUGCGAGCGGCGGCCGUCAGGUUCCUGGGCACGGCCGGGCGGCACCUGAGGGGGCAGCAGCGAGAGCUGCAGCUGAUCUGCGCUGCCCUGGAAGACAAAACAAAUGACAUCAGCCUCGCCGUCGGAAGCCUGGCAAUUCAAACCCUGUGCAUCCUCAAGUCAGGAGAGGAGCUACCGUCUCGAUAUUCCAUGCUUCGAGAACCUCGAAGAUCCGCGGGCAGGGCGUGGAAGACACGGCCUCGUCUGUCACGGCUCGGCUGCCUGCCCUGCCGCAGCUCUGUGGAGAGCUGA